GUCUGGGAUUUGGCACACACACACACACACGCACGCACACACACACACACGCACGCACACACACGUUUGGUUUCCUGUUGUAAACAUCUUGGCAGUGGACAGGUGUCAGUAUGCAGGAGUCUCCAGGGGCCAUGGGUGUAGACGGCAGCUACGCCAGCAACGUUCCAGCUUUUCUCACCAAACUGUGGACGCUGGUGGAGGAUCCGGACACCAACCACCUGAUCUGCUGGAGCGCUACCGGGACCAGUUUCCAUGUGUUUGAUCAGGGACGUUUUGCCAAAGAAGUUCUGCCAAAAUACUUUAAACACAAUAACAUGGCGAGCUUCGUUCGACAGCUCAACAUGUACGGUUUCCGUAAGGUGGUGAACAUUGAGCAGAGCGGUCUGGUGAAGCCAGAGAGAGACGACACAGAGUUCCAACAUCUGUACUUCCUCCAGGGACACGAACACAUGCUGGAACACAUCAAGAGGAAGGUUUCCAUAGUGAAGAGUGAGGAGACCAAGGUCCGUCAGGAGGACCUGAGUAAACUGCUGUAUGAGGUCCAGCUGCUCAGGACACAACAGGACAACAUGGAGUGUCAGAUGCAGGACAUGAAACAACAGAACGAGGUUCUGUGGAGAGAGGUGGUGUCACUGAGGCAGAACCACUCGCAGCAACAGAAAGUCAUGAACAAGCUGAUCCAGUUUCUGUUCAGCCAGAUGCAGUCCAACACACCCAGUACUGUGGGCCUAAAAAGAAAGCUGCCCCUGAUGCUGGACGACGGGUCUCCGAGCCCUCCGGCCUCCAAGUUCAACCACAGUCACCCGAUGGAGCCCAUACACGAGCCCUUCUACAUUCAGUCGCCAUCCAGUGACUCGGCUUCCUGCUCCACUAGUGGUCUGACAGGAGGACCAAUCAUAUCAGACGUUACUGAGAUGUCUCAGGCCAGCAUGGCGCUGCAGAUACAACCCGAUGAGACGAGGGAGAGGUGCAUGAUGCUCAUCAAAGAGGAGCCUGUGAGUCCAGGAGUGAGAGGAGGAGGGAAAGGAGGCGGUGUGGGUGGAGGAGAGGCCGUGGCCUUGACCUCCACCUGUGAGGUGUGCUCCUCAGAACCCCCCGUCCUCCCUGUGGCAAUGGUCCAGUCUGUUCUGGAGGGGAGGGGCUCCGCGGCCUCUGUGGUGGAGAGGAGGGGUAAGAGGCCAGUUCUGGACAGAGUGGAGGUUUCAGAUACAGUGGAGAACGUGGACAUGAGCCUGGAGGAGCUGCAACAGCUGCUGCUCAGGAGCCACCAGCAAAGCUCUGUGGAAGCUGGGACCAGUGCUGUGAUGGACCCCUUCAGUCUAAACCUACCUCUCACUGAGUGGAACUUCACAGAGAUGGAGUCCAACCUCAAAUCAAAAAUAUCUUGUUCUUUACCUGCUAAAUUCUCUAUUUACAUGUUUCAGAAUCAGGAGGCGGAGGCUUUUCCAGCUGCAGGCUGUGAGGAACAGUGA